ACUGUCACUGUCAGUCAAGUGCCAGAAGUAAACAAAAAUAAUCAGAAACAUUAAUAAUAAUUAACAUUACUUCUCUAGUUUUUUGUGUUUAAAAAAGCAAAUUUCUUUUACAUUUCUAUUUUAUGGUUUUAUUCUAGAAUCAUGGAUAUGUACUCACCUGAAACCUUUCAUGCUACAGAAAACUUCAAUGCCACUGAAUACUUUUGUGAAUACAGCACCAAGUGCAUGCCGAUGCAUGAGUCUGUUGAAAAUAUUUUUAAUGGCUUAAUAGGGGAUACCAAACCCAAUAUGAUUAAUUUUGAUCGCAUUGAACGUAUAUGUAGCAUAGAGAACUUUAAACUUCCAGACGAGCCUACCAACCUGCCUAUACACGUACCAAAGAAGAUAUCUACGAAAACGAAACUGGAUCCUAUUCUGCCCAUCUCUGACAGUGCAAGACAUUUGAAUGUUAUAAAGGUGAAAGAAAGUUUCGAUAAAAAGUUCAAUGCUAUAAGUGUUCUUCUUGGUACGAAGAGGUUUAUAAAGUCUAUAAUGCCACAACCGGAUCACAUAGGUGAAGUUGAUGAUUUGGUUCCUGGAAACGAAUUUGUUUAUACCAUGUUAUGGUAUAGACCUUUUAGUUUCCACCAUGGCGUUCGGAACUCUACAGAGAAGCUGAGGUUUAAGACAGAGAUUGAUAUAUUGGGUAGCAAUUUUUUAUCUGAUGUCAUAGAUAAAAUAGAGUGCCCUGCAGACACGAUGAUCUUACCCGAAGUUGAAAACACCAAGGUCGACAUCCAACAAUUCAAGGAUGCCAGGAGAUGGUAUCCCUCAAGGUUCCUAUUUAUCAACGGCGUCUUCUAUAACGACAUGAGGCAGCCCAACGCCGUAGACUUAUCUCCAAAAAUUAUUAAAUGGGCUGCUGAUAAGAAUAUCGGAAAUUUUACCACAGCUAAAAUGGACGAAACCCGUUUCUGUGAUCUGAAACCUCGACUGGGAUACCCGUACGUCUACGUCCACCAAGGAGACUGCGAACACAUUUUCGUAUUUGCUGAUGCCAGAUUGUUACAAUCCAGGGACUGUCUGGUUUCGAAGAUGUAUCCCAGGACAUUGGCCUUCAACAACGAUUCGAACAAUAUGUGUUCGCUGUGUCUGAAAAGGGUUGUCAAAUGGACGGUGAGGAAGUGCGACAGGCUACCGCAUGAGAAGGUCUUUUUGUGUACGGACUGCUGCGAUUCUUACCUUUAUAUUGACGGUAAAAAGGUGACGGAUUUUAGGUUAUAUCCCAUGUUCAACCAGUCCGAUGAUUGAACUUGAUCAUGAAUGUAUAGUACAAACCUAUAAACUAAUAUGUACAGGGUAUGUAUACAUAUGUUUGUAUACAUAUUAGUUUAGUAGGUACUAGAAAAAUGGCGGUUAUCAGCGCCAAGAAAACGUUGAUGACCGGUUUUAAGCGUCUAAAAACUUUCGAAGCAACGAGAAAACGAUAAAGACGUUUUAAAAAACGUAAAUAACAGAAGUACACGAAUACAUCGUAUUCACGAAAAACAACAGAAAAUGAGAAUGGAUAACACAAGAGAUCAUAGUAUAUCAUAGUAGAUGUUUAGUAUCCAUAAAAAAGUGAAAGAAAUGACAGGUAGACACAGACAGAGACAAGAAACAAUAUUAAGAAAUAAUGACACUUUUUGACGACGAGAGACCUUGAGCUGUACCAUCCACAGAUAAUCGCAUAAACGAAAAAGUUUCAGAAAUAACCAAAGAAGUUAUUCUGAAACGAAAUACACGAUUGAUUACCGCAGCUAAUUGAAAUACCAUUCGAAAAUAAUAUUUGAACCAACCAAGAUAGCCAUCGUUCACUCUAGCUUAGCUCAGUCUCUCAAGGUGUGCGUUCGUCUUGUCCUAAUCUUAGAUAUGAACUAUGAAAAUUCAAAAUGGAAGCAAACAAAACAAUAUUUUAACCAAUCAUGUUUAUUGUUCAUAAAGAUAUAAUUAAAAUGUGACUUAUUAAAUGCAUUAACAAAUAUAUUCAAAUUCUUGCCAAAAACUAACAAUUCUUGGAUUAUACUUGUGGCUUUUGGUAUCUGGUUCGAUGGUAACUUCUUGAUGUCAAAUGGUACUGCUGUAGACUUCUUGUAGACCUGGGCAGAUGUUGUGGCCCUAGGCCCCUGCAGCUGGAGAUAAUAGUCGUUGCAGUCUAGAUGACAUGGUCUUCAUUGUGUCAACCUUAGUGUCAUCGCCGGCGGUGGGGGCUUCAUGCUUGAGGCUCCCGAAGGGAGAAAGGUUUGAUUUCUUUCCAAAACCUGUAAGAUAAAACACAUAUCAAACAUCAAGAAAUAAAAAACCAAAAACGAGCCUUUGCCAAACAAUCAUAAAAAGUAGUAAUUGACAAAGGAAAAUUAAAAUGAAUACUGACAGGGACUAGUCAAAUAAUUCGAUUACUAAAAGCAUAUUAAUAAAUGAAAUGAAAUAUUUAAAAUUAAGAUACCAAGAUACGUGGAGAGUAACGUCGAGGUUAGGUAUAUAAACAAAAAAGGUUAUAAAAAAUUAAUACAGGCUUAGAAAAUCUUGUACAGUGAUGGUUAAAAACUUACCUCAAGAGAGAAUGUGAAAGUCUGGAAAUAAAUAGCUGGCAUCAGCCUUGUAAUUGGCUUAUAUAGCGAAAUUAAUUUUCCACCACUCUGUAUUGUUAAGAGACGAAGUGUCACUGUCAUAUCAGCGAAACACACAACACAGAACAUGAAAUUUGAAAUAACGACUAUGGAACACAAGAUUAGAUCAGAUGCUAGAAUGUAAGAUUAUGAAGUAUGUUCAGUAUGACUUAGAUGAAAAGAGAGAUAGGACAUAGAGGAUAAUAAAAGAGGGCGUCAACGAGUUUUUAACGAAGAAAACAGGUAAACAAAUAGAAGAAAAUUAUUACUAAUGAAAUAUUAAAGAUAAUAAAGUAAAAUAAUUAUUUAAAAAAAAAAUAGCAAAGAUGUGACGUUUGUAACGUUACACACUCCUUUCACCCAUCAGACAAAUUUUGAACACAAGUGAGAAAUUUUUCUCAAAGAAAACAGGAACGUUAGAAUUCAUGCAAUAAAAGCUCAGAAAUACUGAAAAGUCACAGGACCAGAGAAUAUUAAUGUCGAAGUACAUACUUAACUAAAUUGCAGACAAAGAUAGUAAAAGCCUAGAAUUAAUAAUGAUCACUAUUCAAUAAGAUAUACGACACAGGUAAAAUACUAUCAAACUGGCUAAAAUUUACAUUCGUAGCAUUACAAAAAAAACCAAAUUUUUGUUCUCACAAUGCGAUAACUAUCGAAUAUUAAGCUUGAUGUAUCAUGUCCUUAAAACUUUUCUCAGAAUCAUCCAUACACGAAUUUACAAGAAGUGUAAGUUCCAAAUAAGUGAUACUCUGUUCGGAUUUCAAAAGGUAUUGGGAACAUGAGAAGCUCUUUUUGCUUUAAAUGUGUCAACGCUAUGGUGUAGAGACAAAUGUAGAUGUAUAUGCAUGUUUUAUUGAUUGUCGAAAAGCAUUCGACUGCGUACCCAGACAAGUUAUCACCGUUAUUAUUUAUUCUGUAUGUAUAUAUACUUAGAGAAGUAUUAGACAAGAACCAAGGUGGAAUCGAGAAUAAUGGAACCAGCAUAUAAUAUCACAUCAGGCACGCUGAUUCUAUCAUCCUAAGAGCAAGCAACGCACAAGAACUACAAGAUAUAAUAAAUGCGGUAGUAAAUAAAAUAAAUAAAUAUAACAUAUUUAGUAACUAAGUACAGUGGAACCUCGAUAACUCGGAUUAAUCGUGACCGCGGCCGAUCCGGGUUAGCCGGAGAAUAUGGUAAAAAUUAAUAAAAUACGGUAUACUUACAGAUAAACUUCGUUAUAAUUGAAAUAACAUGAAAUAUAUAUAUAUGCACAGUACCUACACCUACACAUCUAAAUUAUUAAAAACACGCAAACACAAACCUAAGCAAACAAUACAAGACUGUACUCACACAAUACAGUCACAACGAUGUUAUGAACAGUGAAAACUAAGACCAUUGUUUAAAAAAGAAUUUUUCAAAUAGUCUUUUAGUCUUUUUUAAACAAUGCUAAGACGAAAUAAAUAAAGGAAUAACAGGUGCCUGUUGUUUCCGAUAAAUCCGAGACAACACAUUUUUACUAUCGUAUACAUAGUUCAAAUUACACAAAUACACAUUAUCUCUCAAAUAUUAUAUUACAUACUAUCCGUUGCAAGAUAAUUCGGAUGGAAUUCCCCAGAUUAAGAGACUGGGCCGAUAUCAAGCACAAAAUAAUCUGGGGAAUUCCAUCCGAAUUAUCUUGCAACGGAUAGUACAUUUUAAUGUUGAAAUGAAAGUCGGUCCGGGUCAGCCGGAGUUCCGGGUUAUCGGGGGCCGACUUAUCGGUGUUCCACUGUAAUGAAGGAAACUAUACAUAUGUUUACUUUAUUAAUGAAUGUGCGAUAGUUUUUGUUUUUAACUUUUUCCCAACCUGACCAAUUGAAAUUCGGAGAUUUGCUAGGUUUUACUGGUUGCCUAUUAGUCAAUUUGAACGAAAUUGUGUAGAUAGGUGUAUUAUAAUGUAUUAUUUUUAUUCUCUAUUCAUACUAAUGUGACAUUAUGUUGUGAUAAUAAAGAAUACCUAAUA